CGUCUUGGGAUAUAUAUUUUUCUCACUGGCUGCAUAAUAAUAACAGUCUUUGGAAAUUUGGGCAUCAUUAUUUCCAUCAGCCAUUUCAAAGAAUUACAUUCCCCAACAAAUUUUCUUAUUCUUUCCAUGGCUGCCACAGACUUCUUUCUUGGUGUCCUCAUAAUGCCCUGUAGUAUGAUAAGAUCUGUGGAAAGAUGUUGGUAUUUUGGAAAAUUCUUUUGUAAAAUCCAUUACAGUUUUGACUUAAUGCUUAGUGUCAUCUCUAUUUUCCAUCUUUGCUCUAUAGCCAUUGAUAGAUUUUAUGCUGUAUGUGAUCCUCUCCACUAUCCAAUUAAAAUCACCACAUCUGUCACUAAGAAAAUGAUAUUUAUCUGCUGGUCUCUGCCAGCUAUGUUUGCUUUUGGAGUUGUCAUAACAAAUUCCCAUGUAUCAGGAAUAGUUGGAUAUGAGGCAUUAGUGGAUUGUUUUAAUUUAUGUCCAAUUACGUUCAACAAAUUGUGGUCUGUGAUUAUGUUUUUUGCAUGCUUUUUUAUUCCUGGCUCAGUUAUGGUUGGAAUUUACAUACAAAUAUUCAUAGUUUCUCAAAGGCAUGCUAACAUUCUGAAACAAGUUAUGGGGAACUUGAAGGACAAAAUGACAACUCAAAUUUCCAAGCAGAAGGACCGGAAAGCUGCAAAGACACUGGGCAUUGUGAUGGGAGUGUUCAUAUCAUGUUGGAUGCCAGUGUUUAUAACUAUUUUAGCUGAUCCAUUUCUCAACUUUUCCACACCUGAACUUUUAUUUGAUGCUCUCAAUUGGCUUGGCUAUAUCAAUUCAACAUGUAACCCGCUAAUAUAUGGAUUUUUCUAUCCAUGGUUUAGGAAAUCCCUGAGAUACAUAAUUUUUGGCAAAAUAUUUGAACCUGACUCUAGCUUAGUAAAUCUAUCUUAA